CGAGGAGUACCGGAGCCACCAGGAGGGGGCCGCCAUGUACCCACUUCAUUGGGUACAUGGCGGCGGGGCAGACGGACCUGGCCAGCCUGGGCUUCCUCAACCACACGGCGAGGAUGUGGUCUUGGCACAACAGCCUGAACCAGGCCAAGAUCGCGGAGCCGACUGUGCACCACUAUCUCAAAAACGUGGCCCAGUUCCUGGCCUACGUGGAAGAGACCCCGCCGCCCACCUGCCGACUCUCCCGGACGGUCAUGGUGGGGCUGAACCGGGAGAUAAAGACGAUCCGGUCAGUGCGGCGGAAAGUGGUCAUGCACGAGGUGAGGGUUAAACAGGCCAAGGAGGGCCGCCUCAUCGCCAAGGCCACUCUCCGCCAGUGCGUCGCCUCUGCCAAGGCCGCCAUCCCUGACAUCCUGGCCCGUCUCAGAGAGACGGCCAACAGGGCCCUGCAUUGGUCCUUCUACGGGCACCUCACCGCCUACCUGGCCUGUAUCUACGGCCAUCGCGGUGGGGUGUUCCAAAACAUGACCAUUGCGGAGGUGGAGGCGGCCAAGACCGGAUCGCAGGAGGGGUGCUUCGUGAUCAACAUCUCGACUCAUAAGACCAACCAGGCCUUCGGGGCGGCACAGCUGGCCUUGAGUGGCGAGGAGUACGGGUGGCUGGCCGACUUCCUGGACAUGAGGCCCUACUUGGUUGGAGGUGAACACGCGCACUACUUUUUCUUCACCUCCAAGCCCAGCUCGUGCAAGAACCUGAAUCAAUACUUUCAGGAGGCAUGGGCUGGGAUGGGCCUCCCGGGGAGUCCGACGUUUAAGGACAUCAGGACCUCCAUCGCCACUCACGCCAAGAACUCGCACACCCCGGGGGAUCGCAGAAGGUGGCGCAGUUCAUGUGCCGACCGGUUCUACGCCCUGAACCUGGAUGCCAGGCAGGCGGCCGAACACCGCCGCCUGUUCGAGGAGGGUGAGGACGCCGCCCCGGGGUCCCCGAAGACCAAGUCGGGGAAAAGGCCGGCAAAGAGUUCGGGCAAGCGCCGGGCACCUGCCACCAGCCCGCCCACCUCCUCCAGCCCGUCGCCCUCUGGCAGCCCGUCGGGGGAGCAACGCCCGGGGGAAUCCGCUUCCAUAAGUCCUUCUUCUCUCACUGGGUGGGGGCUCGUUUAACCGUUUGUGCGUUGUGUGUUUGCUGACUCUUUCUCGUUUUUCUUUUCAGGAGACGACUACGCCGUCCAAGCGGCACAAACAGGGCACGCCAAAGAAGAAGGGAUUCCCUCGGGCUCACCUAUCACCCCUGAAGCGGAUGAUGCUGCUGAAGGUUGCCAAGAGGGCAUGGAAACAAACCGUUUUCUUUAAAAUUUUUAUUUGCCUUUUUUUUAUUGUUCUGUUUAUUGUGUUCUCGUGUUCUUUUUGUGUUUUUUAUUGUUGAAUAAAUG